UGAGGUUUCGCGCGCUUUUGCCGACCACGUGGUGUAUUUUCGCGCGGAAUCCGGCGGGGUAGGAAGCAGUGAUGGCGGACUCCUCCGAGUCGCAGGCGGCGGUCACCAGCCCCGUGCGCAGCUCCCGCCGCGGUGAUGCCUUCACGUCCAGCCCCGGCCGGGACCUGCCCCCCUUCGAGGAUGAGUCCGAAGGGCUCCUGGGCACCGAGGGGCUCCCCGAAGAGGAGGAAGAAGGAGAAGAGCUCAUCGGAGAGGGGAUGGAGAGGGACUACCGACCCAUUCCAGAGCUGGAUGUCUAUGAGGCAGAGGGCCUGGCCUUGGAUGAUGAAGAUGUGGAGGAGCUGACUGCCAGCCAGCGGGAAGCUGCAGAAAGAGUAAUGAGGCAGCGGGACCGUGAGCUGGAGCAGGGCAUGGGCCGCAUGAGGAGGGGGCUGCUCUAUGACAGUGACGAUGAAGAUGAAGACCGUCCUUCGCGGAAGAGGCGGCUGGCAGAACGGGCUGCUGAUGGCGUAGAGGAGGAAGAUGAAGACAUGAUCGAGAGCAUUGAGAAUCUGGAAGACAUGAAAGGGCAUUCAGUGAGGGAGUGGGUUUCCAUGGCAGCUCCCCGGCUUGAGAUCUACCACCGCUUCAAGAACUUCUUGAAGACCCAUGUGGAUGACCAUGGGCACAACGUCUUCAAGGAGAGGAUCAGCGACAUGUGCAAAGAGAACAGAGAGAGUCUAGUGGUGAACUACGAGGAUCUGGCUGCCCAGGAACAUGUCCUUGCCUACUUUCUACCUGAGGCCCCAGCAGAAAUGCUGAAGAUCUUUGAUGAAGCAGCCAAGGAAGUGGUGUUGGCCAUGUACCCCAAGUACGAUCGUAUUGCUCAAGAGAUCCAUGUUCGCAUCUCCCACCUCCCUCUGGUGGAAGAGUUGCGGUCGCUCAGGCAACUACACUUGAACCAGUUGAUCCGGACCAGCGGAGUGGUGACGAGUUGCACAGGGGUCCUGCCUCAGCUGAGCAUGGUCAAGUAUAACUGCACCAAGUGCAGAUUCAUCUUGGGACCCUUUUUCCAAUCCCAGAACCAGGAGGUGAAACCCGGUUCCUGCCCAGAGUGUCAAUCUCUUGGUCCCUUUGAAAUCAACAUGGAAGAGACAGUCUAUCAGAACUAUCAGCGCAUCAAAAUCCAGGAGAGCCCUGGGAAGGUAGCUGCUGGCAGGCUGCCCCGCUCCAAGGAUGCCAUUCUCCUUGCUGAUCUGGUUGACAGCUGCAAGCCAGGGGAUGAGAUUGAGCUCACAGGGAUCUAUCACAACAACUAUGAUGGCUCCUUGAACACUGCCAACGGGUUCCCAGUGUUUGCGACCGUGAUCCUGGCCAACCACAUUGCCAAGAAGGACAACAAGCUGGCUGUUGGGGAGCUGACUGAUGAGGAUGUGAAAAUGCUUGUGGCUCUGUCCAAGGAUGAGCAAAUUGGGGAGAAGAUUUUUGCUAGCAUUGCCCCAUCUAUUUAUGGACAUGAAGAUAUCAAGAGGGGUUUGGCUUUAGCCUUAUUUGGUGGAGAGCCCAAAAACCCAGGUGGCAAACACAAAGUCCGUGGGGACAUCAACGUGCUUCUGUGCGGAGACCCUGGUACUGCAAAGUCACAGUUUCUUAAGUACAUAGAGAAGGUGUCCAGCAGGGCCAUCUUCACCACCGGCCAGGGUGCUUCUGCUGUGGGUCUCACAGCUUAUGUUCAGAGGCACCCGGUCAGCAAAGAGUGGACUUUGGAAGCAGGAGCCCUCGUGCUGGCUGACAGAGGUGUCUGCCUGAUUGAUGAAUUUGACAAGAUGAACGACCAGGACAGGACCAGCAUACAUGAAGCCAUGGAACAGCAAAGUAUUUCCAUCUCCAAAGCAGGCAUUGUCACCUCCUUACAGGCUCGCUGCACUGUUAUUGCUGCUGCUAAUCCCAUAGGUGGCCGAUACGAUCCAUCACUGACUUUCUCGGAGAAUGUAGACCUGACAGAGCCCAUUAUCUCUCGAUUCGAUAUCCUGUGUGUGGUGAGAGACACAGUGGACCCCGUGCAGGACGAAAUGCUUGCCCGGUUUGUUGUUGGCAGCCAUGUCAAGCACCACCCGGGUAGUAAGGAAGCAGUGAAUGGAGAUGCCAGUGAGGUUAUUCUUCCCAAUACGUACGGGGUGGAACCCAUUCCUCAGGAGGUUCUGAGGAAAUACAUCGUCUAUGCCAAAGAGAAGGUCCACCCCAAACUCAACCAGAUGGACCAGGACAAGGUGGCCCGGAUGUACAGUGACCUCAGGAAAGAGUCUAUGGCAACUGGCAGCAUCCCCAUCACAGUGCGGCACAUUGAGUCCAUGAUCCGGAUGGCUGAGGCUCAUGCCCGUAUGCACUUAAGAGAUUAUGUGGUGGAGGAUGAUGUCAACAUGGCCAUCCGGGUGAUGCUGGAGAGUUUCAUUGACACACAGAAGUUCAGUGUCAUGCGGAGCAUGCGCAAGACAUUCUCCCGCUACCUUUCCUUCAAGCGAGACAACAAUGAGCUGCUGCUGUUCAUCCUGAAGCAGCUGGUUGCAGAGCAGGUGAUGUACCAGAGAAACCGCUAUGGGGCCCAGCAAGACACCAUAGAAGUCCUGGAGAAGGAUCUGGUGGAUAAGGCCCGGCAGAUCAACAUCCACAACCUCUCUGCCUUCUAUGACAGCGAGGUGUUCAAGAUUAACAGGUUCAGCCGUGAUGUGAAGCGGAAGCUGAUCGUCCAGCAGUUUUGAGGCUGGCAGCAGAGCCCACCAUGUGCGAGAUGAACCCUUUGUGCUUCUGUCCACCUGGCUGCACUACAGAGUUCACUAUCCAGAGGGACUAAGCUACAUGUUCUCUUGCUUGCUUUGUGCCUUAUGGAUUAAGGAACUGCUGAGCUGCUGAAGAUGUUGUAAAUAGAACAGAGUUAAGUAGUUAAAUGCCCAGCCAAUUCUGUUUAGCAGUUUUGUUUGCUGUUCUGUUUUGUAGCUGAGCCCAACAGGGAGAGAAUUGCUGGCCACAUAGAUAGUAUAUUUGCUGUUUAUUUAUCCCUAGUUGUUAAGAACUCAUCUGCAGGAGGGGUGAGUGGGAGCAUUUGAAAGGCAUUUGUCUGCCUUAUCCAUGCCCUUUGGAUUGCAAGCACCUUCAGGGAUUCUUUUUUCCUAUCUCUGGUGACUCUCCAGCCUGCUGGGUGAUAAUUGAAACUGCUUUCGACUCUCUGUGAACAAGUCAGCUGCUCAGCUCCAGGCCUUUGCACCUGACACUUGACAUUUCCCCAGGUGCCCACAUGGGCUGACCUGCUUGGUUUCUGCAAGUGAAAGGGAAGGGGCAGAAGAAGAUGAGAAAUGAAAUAAAACUUAACCAGUUCUAAUACUAGGGGUGACCUGAAUAGGCAGUGGAAGUGUCUUCAAAACAUGCAGGGGCAGUGUCCAGGAGCCUCAGGGAAGGGGCUUGCCCUGACUGGGUGGAUGAUAGCUGUGCACAGUUGUCAGCUCAUGUGAAUUUACAGCUCUAUCCAAGUGCUGGCACCUGAACUGAACAACACCUCGUAUCCUUUUACUGAGAUUGCUGCUUUGAAGAGUAGCAAUAGAGAGAAGCCCUGAGCUGGAGAUGUUAAGGGAGGGCAAGUUGGGCUGAUAAUUCAAAUGCAGUUUUCUUACUGUGUGCAUUUUAAUACAGUUUGUUUUCCAAUA